AUGUCAAUUCCUUCAACGUUAGAAUCCGAAUACGAAUCAAUCGAUCAUGUAUAUAGAAACCUCCAUCAAAACUGCCAAACCUCCCAUUCCAUCGUUAAAAUGCGUAAAAUUCCUCCCAUUCCCAUCCGUCAAAGCCACAGUAUGGCUGAAAUGGCCGACUGCGAUGGAAAUGGCGAUCAAGAUAACAAAAACGAAGAAGAUAAUGAUAACGCUGACGCCGACGACGAUGAUUUAAUUGACGAUCGUUGUCUGCUUGAAGAAGAUUAUAUACUUGGUGCUUCGGCCCUUGGUCUUAAUCAUAUUAGAACUUGUUCUGUUCCUUCUCCCCUAAGGGCCGUUUCUAGUGUCAUUCCGCCUUCGAAUUUAGGUGUUGAUUGUAAUAUUAAUGAUAAGAGUAUUACUCCACCUGCCAGAGAUAUUCAUACAAGACAUAUUUCUAGGUGUAUUGAUCCAGGCAAGAAAGUGUCAUGGAGUCAAUCUAAAUCGUUACGGGUUCUUCCACCUCCAAUAUGUGGAAUGGAGAGUAAUGCAGCUAUUUCCAAAGAAAUGCAAUCCCCAAGGUUCCAGGCCAUACUUCGUGCUACUAGUGGUCGUAAGAAAAGAGUCCCGGAUCUCAAGAGCUUAUCCCAAGAACUCAAUUCCAAAAGCGCAAGGCCUCUGCCAUUCUGGAAAUCUCGUGGAUUUGGUCGUGUGGAGGAGAUUUUGGUGAUGCUAAGGGGUAAAUUCGAUAAGCUAAAGGAAGAAGUUAAUACCGAUUUGGCUAUAUUUGCUGGAGAUUUGUUGGGCAUACUUGAAGAUACAUCAGUAUCUCACCCAGAAUGGCAAGAAAAUUUAGAGGAUCUGUUGCUCAUAGCUAGAAAGUGUGCAAAGAUGGCAUCAAAUGAAUUUUGGUUGAAGUGUGAAAACAUUGUUCAGAUUUUAGAUGAUCGUCGUCAAGAUUUACCAACGGGUAUCCUUAAACAAGUUCAUACGCGUCUCCUAUUUAUACUUACUCGAUGCACUCGGCUCGUACAGUUCCACAAGGAGUGUGAUUAUGAACAAGGCCACAACAUUUUAAGUCUUCACCAACUUAGUGACCUUAGUGUCUAUCAAAACGUUAUAGAAUCUACCUACCAAAAUAUUAAUAGCCCGUCAGCAGAAUCUAAAGUCGAUGGAACUCAAAUGGACCAGUUCCAUGGAGGGAAUCAGGAGAAAGAACAAAUGAAAAAGAGUUUAGAUGGGGAAACUGACAAUGUGGAGGCUAGUACUGCAAAAAGUAUUGCGUCACCAAGUAGUAGCUUAAAGAUGUCAUCUUGGAAGAAAUUUCCAUUUUCAUCAGAGAAUAAUAUAAAAGACCAAGAUAAUGUUGACACCCCAACAAAGGAUGUCCCUGACCAAUACAAGCCUAAGGAUGACCGUGCCUUACAUAUUGACAUACCAGACUUCCCUGCUGAGGACACGGAGACACCAUCAAAUUUAGUAAGAGAUGGAUCGGGAGAUUCAGGUGCUCAACUUCAUGUAGCUUAUGACAGUUCUUUGAUCUGUCGUAUAUGUGAAGUUGAAAUACCUACCGUAUUUGUGGAAGAACACUCUAGGAUAUGUACCAUAGCUGACAGAUGUGAUUUAAAAGGUUUAACUGUCAAUGAAAGACUGUAUAGAGUUGCAGAGACCCUCGAAAAGAUCAUUGAUGCUUGUACACCAAAGGGUGCCGACGCAGUUGUUGGAAAUCCAGAUAUUGGGAGGAUAUCAUCUACCAGUACACCAGAUGAUUCUGAUGAAUCGUCACCAACAAAACAACGUUUAUCUUGUCAACGCUCCGAAGAUAUACUAGAAUGUGUGCAUGAAGCUGACACUAGUUAUAUGAUGCACAACAUUCAUAGUUUGCCUGAUAUGUCUAGUGAAACACGUGGAACAGUAACACCUAUUACAUGUCACAAAGCCUCAUCGGGUGGUAGCUUGACUCCGAGAUCACCUUUACUAACACCUAGAACGAACCAGAUUGAGGUUUUCCUGAGCGAAAGAAAGACCACAACUGAGCAUGAAAACUGGCAGCAGAUACACAAAUUACUGGAAAUUGCUCGAGCUGUGGCUAAUAUCAACACUAAUGAGUACAGUGCAUUGGAGAUCAUGCUUGAUCACUUAACAGACCUCAAAUAUGCUAUCCAAGACAGAAAGGUGGAUGCUCUUGUUGUCGAAACAUUUGGUAGACGAAUAGAGAAGCUAUUACAGGAGAAAUAUGUACUUCUUUGUGGGCAGAUAGAGGACGAUAAGAUAGACUCAUCAAGUAACAUGGCCAAUGAAGAUAGUUCUGUAGAAGAUGAUGCAGUUCGUAGUCUACGUGCCAGCCCUGUUAAUACAUUCUCAAAAGAUAGGACAUCCAUUGAAGAUUUUGAAAUAAUAAAACCAAUCAGUAGAGGUGCAUUUGGACGAGUUUUUCUGGCCAAAAAACGGGCAACAGGUGAUGUAUUUGCCAUAAAGGUUUUGAAGAAGGCUGAUAUGAUUCGCAAAAAUGCAGUUGAAAGCAUUUUGGCUGAGCGUGAUAUUCUGAUAUCAGUCCGCAAUCCUUUUGUGGUUCGAUUCUUCUACUCAUUCACAUGCAAAGAAAAUCUGUAUCUGGUUAUGGAGUUUUUAAAUGGAGGGGAUCUUUUCUCUUUGCUGAGAACUCUAGGUUGCUUAGCAGAGGACAUGGCACGUGUGUAUAUUGCCGAACUGGUCCUUGCGUUGGAGUAUUUACAUUCUUUGAAUAUCAUUCACAGAGACCUGAAGCCAGACAACUUGUUAAUUGGUCCAGAUGGCCAUAUCAAGCUAUCAGAUUUUGGGCUAUCUAAGGUGGGUCUCAUCAACAGCACCGAGGACUUGUCAGGAUCAUCAGACUGCAGGACCCCUAUUUGCAGAGAGAAUGAAGUUACAUUAGAUCAAAGAGAACAACGUCAAAAACAUUCAGUUGUUGGUACCCCUGACUAUUUGGCUCCUGAGAUACUUCUCGGAGUAGGACAUGGUGCAACUGCUGAUUGGUGGUCUGUUGGUGUUAUUCUUUUUGAGCUGCUUGUAGGAAUUCCACCUUUCAAUGCAGAAUCUCCUCAGCAAGUUUUUGCCAACAUUAUGAACAGAGAUAUACCAUGGCCCAAGAUUCCCGAGGAGAUGAGCUAUGAAGCGUAUGAUCUGAUUAACAAGUUGCUGACUGAAAAUCCAAGUCAACGUCUUGGUGCAAAGGAGGCUGGAGAAGUAAAGACGCACCAAUUCUUUGAGAAUAUCCACUGGGACACACUUGCAAGACAGAAGGCCACAUUCAUACCUUCUGCUGAAGCACUUGAUACCAGUUAUUUUAUGAGUCGGUAUAUCUGGAAUCCUGAAGAUGAGCAAGUCGAUGGAGGUAGUGACUUUGAUGACAUGUCUGGUACAGGCAGCACAGUUGAUGAUAGCUCAUACUCGAACAUGGUCGAUGAAGAGGCGGAUGAAUGCUGUAACCUGGCAGAAUUUGGCCCGUCUUCUCUCAAUGUUAAUUACUCAUUCAGUAAUUUCUCAUUUAAGAACUUAUCGCAACUAGCCUCUAUCAAUUACGACGUUCUAGUAAAGAAUGCUCAAGACUCGGUAGAAGGUUCAAAAUCAGCAGUGCCAUAACAAGAAAAUGUUGUCCAUUACUUUGUCUUAGCUGGCCUGUAUACUUCUGCUCCUAGUCAUCCUGUUUUACAUUCAUGGUGCAUAGAUCCGUCGAUCUCUCAAAGGCCAAUAAAUGAACUCGUUAUCCUGCAAAGGAUCCAUAGUCGAGACUCAUGAGAUUGAUAGGCAUUAAUCUUCUACGUCCUAGGAAUUACUCCCUUUGUAUAACGUAGAAAAGGUGCAAGUUUUCAUUAAAAUCAGGCUCUCGAUCUUGUAUA